AUGUCAGAACCAACAUCAACAACAAAAACAACAGCAAUAACAGAAACACCGACAACGGCUAAACUUUCUAAGAAAGAAAGAAAAGCACUUCAAUUCCGUAAAUCAAAAGAUGAAAGAGAUGCAGAAAAAGAAGAAAAAUUACAAAAGAAAAGAAAACUUGAAGAAGAACAAGAACAAUCAUCAUCAUCAUCAUCAUCAGCAACUAAUACAACAGAUGAAUCAUCAGAUCAACCUAAAAAGAAGAGAAAAACAAGAAGAGGUAAAAAAGGUAAAGGAGUUAAUGGAGGUAAAGGACCAAGAUUUAUUUUAUUUGUAGGUAAUUUACCUUAUGAUAUUAAACAAGUUGAAUUAAUUUCCCAUUUUAAAAAUAGUAAUCCUGAUAGAAUUAGAAUUAGACAAGAUAAAGGUAUUGCAUUUUUAGAAUUUGAUAAUGAAAAUCAAGAAAUUCAAAGUAAAAUGGAAUUAGCUUUACGAAUGCAUCAUAGUGAAUUAAGAGGUAGAAAAAUUAAUGUUGAAUUAACUGUUGGUGGUGGUGGUAAUUCAGAAAAUAGAUUAGCUAAAUUAAAAGAAAAGAAUGAAAAAGUUUAUGAAGAAAGAAAGAAAAGAGUUCAAGAUAGUAAAUCCAAAUCAAAGUCAUCUACAACUUCAAAGUCUACUCCUCCACCUAAUGUUCAUCCUUCAAGAGCUGCUCUCUUCAAAUAG